GAACUAAAGAGCGAAAUCGAAAUUUACACCAUACUCGCGUCAUAUGACUAAUCCAAAAUGCUUCUUUAUUCCAUAUGAAUUGUUCCCAAAUUUGAUAGAAUUGGAUUGGAUUUUUUUGACACGAAAACUAGGGACAUUUUUACUUGUACGCUGUGUUAAAGACAAUCAUAAUAUAUAGAGAUAGGUAUUGACUGUAUGAGACUAUGAGUGUGUUAAUUUGACCGAUGAACAACCCAACGCCCACCACCCAAAUUAUACAACGUAAUAAUAUGAUAAUAAUAUGCAAUGAGUAUCUUUCUUUUUUUUUUUUUAAAUUUCUUGAUUAUUAUUUAUUUCUGGUAGUCUUUGUCCUGGACUCCUGGUGGUCUAUAUAACGCCAAAUUCCUGCUCUUUCGCCAUUGUCGCCGAGGGAGAGAGAAACUAAGCAAAACCACUCUUCACUCUCCGUCUCCCACCUUCCUUGUUCUCACUUCUCCACAAAAAAUGGCCGUUACAAUGGAGACCGCCGGCGCCGGCGCCGCCACAAAUGAGAUUCAUAACGGCCACAACAACAACAAGUUGGCAGAUUUCGACCCUCCCGCCAAACCCAAACGUAACAAGUACGCCUUCGCCUGUGCAAUUCUGGCUUCCAUGACCUCCAUCCUGCUCGGCUAUGAUAUUGGAGUGAUGAGCGGGGCGGCGAUCUUCAUCAAGGACCAAUUCAAGAUCUCCGACACUCAAGUCGAGGUGCUGGUCGGAAUGCUGAACAUAUACUCCUUGGUCGGAUCGGCCGCCGCCGGGAGGACCUCCGACUGGAUUGGACGCCGGUACACCAUCGUCGUCGCCGGAGCCAUCUUCUUCGUCGGAGCUCUGCUCAUGGGAUUCGCCCCCAACUACGCUUUCCUCAUGGUCGGCCGGUUCGUCGCCGGCGUCGGCGUCGGAUACGCCCUCAUGAUCGCCCCUGUCUACACCGCCGAAGUCUCCCCUGCUUCUUCCCGCGGCUUCCUCACCUCUUUCCCUGAAGUGUUCAUCAACGCCGGAAUUUUACUCGGCUACGUCUCCAACUACGCCUUCUCCAAGUGCCCGGACAACAUCGGAUGGAGGCUGAUGCUCGGCGUCGGCGCAAUCCCAUCCGUCUUCCUCGCCGUCGGCGUCCUCGCGAUGCCGGAAUCCCCUCGUUGGCUGGUGAUGCAGGGCCGACUCGGCGACGCCAAGAAAGUCCUCGACCGAACCUCCGACUCCCCUGAAGAAUCCCAAUUGCGACUCGCCGACAUCAAAGAAGCCGCCGGAAUCCCCGAGGAAUGCAACGACGACGUCGUCAAGGUCGAAAAGAAAUCCCACGGCGAGGGCGUGUGGAAGGAGCUCCUCCUCCGCCCCACACCCACCGUCCGCCACAUCCUGAUCUGCGCCGUGGGGAUCCAUUUCUUCCAGCAAGCCUCCGGCAUCGACGCCGUCGUGCUCUACAGCCCGAGAAUCUUCGAAAAGGCCGGAAUCACCUCAUCGGACAAGAAGCUCCUCGCCACCAUCGCCGUCGGGUUCACGAAAACCGUCUUCAUCCUCGUCGCCACUUUCCUCCUCGACCGGGUCGGGCGGCGGCCGCUGCUGCUCAGCAGCGUCGCCGGGAUGGUGGUUUCCCUGGUAACCCUAGGGUGGAGCCUGGAAGUAAUCGACCACACGGCCCAUACGGUGGAUUGGGCCGUGGGCCUGUGCAUAUCCAUGGUCCUGGCCUACGUGGCGUUUUUCUCGAUCGGGAUGGGCCCGAUUACUUGGGUCUACAGCUCGGAGAUUUUCCCGCUCCGGCUGCGGGCCCAGGGGACGAGCAUGGGGGUGGCGGUCAACAGGGUGGUCAGCGGGGUGAUUUCGACCACGUUUAUUUCGAUGUACAAAGGGAUCACGAUCAGCGGCGCCUUCUUCUUGUUCGCCGGAAUCGCCGCCGUGGCGUUUGUGUUCUUCUUCCUGUGUUAUCCGGAGACGCAAGGGAGGACGUUGGAGGAUAUGCAGAUUCUUUUCGGGAGUUUUAUUGGGUGGAGGGCUUUGAAGCUUGAGAGGUUGAGGGAAAGGGAGGAGAAAAAUGGGAGGGAAGUGGAAUUGUUAGAUAUUAAGAAGUAAAGAAGAGUAUUUAGUAGUGUGAUAUAAUGGUGGUGGUUAAUGUGUGGCAUUUUGCAAAAAGUAUUAAGUAAUAAUAAAAAAAAAGAGUCACAUGAUAAUUUACUAUAUGUAUAUGUAGUUGGGUUUUUCCUUGUUGUUGUGUGUUUUGGUGAAAAUGAGAAAUGAAAUGUGGAAAAUGUGUUGUCACGUGAUAGCGAGUUGAAAUAGAAUUCAGUUAAUAGAAACAAGGUUGAGCCAGUGGAAGAGAGUUUCAAAAGUGAAUUUUAUGUUAAUUGUGUUACAUGUCAUCUCGAUGGAAUCUAAGUUUAUGGGUUUGAUGGACUUGCACAGAUCUAUGUUUUCCAUGUGCUUAAAUCAGUUAUUGGUGUUGAAGUGUCGAGUUGGCACGUGAAAUUGUGGACAAGGCCUAAUGGUACUAUCACUAAUCUUCAACCCGAAAAUACCACAUUGGAAUCUUUUAAAUAAUACUUAACAAUACAAGCCUUACCAUAUCACUCCAAACUUCAAAACAAGUAGUAUUAACCCCUAUACUUUGGAUGGGGAGCUUAAUGCUAAUAAACAAAUUGUGUGAUUAGAGAAAUGAGUGUUUCUGGCAUUGACAGCUUGGCUAGCUGUUGGAGAAGGACACAUGCAUGUCUUCUUAUAUUAUAUAUGCAGAUGGGAUUUGUCGUCACUUUAUGGCUGCCAACUUGUUGUGGGUUAAGUAAAGUAAUCAUAUAAGAAUAGUCUUUGUUUAGGUUUUUUAUAAGUAGAGAUGGGUGGGGAGUUGUCAAUUGUCAUGGAUCUGGCUGGCACCAGGUUCUCGGAUCUUAUUGAUGGAGUGGUUGGCUUGGUAGGUGGAUCUCACAGAUUCAUGGAUUCUACCCACACACACCAGUAAAGGGACGAAUUGUUUGUUUCCGAGUAUAUCUACAAUUACUAAGGGAAAUUUUGUAGUGAUUUUAAGCAAUUUUUUGAGCUUCAAACUCACAUUCGCGGUAUUUUGUUAAUUACUCUUUUUUAUGUGGGAUUUCAUAUUAUAAAAAAGGACUAAUAUAAUGAAAUGACCCACAAUGGAAAAUAAAAAAACUAGAUAAUCUCAAAAAGUUGGUCUAGUGAUAAUGUGGAGAUGAGAACAUCUACCAUACUAUGAAAUCAAGAUAAAUAUAAAUAAUUAAGGACACAUUAUACU